UCCCGCGCGCCUCCCGCCUGCUGGGUCUCCACGUGGUUAGCGGUUCCCGCGAUGGAGGGAGUCUUGCCGGAGGCGGGCCCUCCGCCGCCUCAGAAGCGCUUCUACCGGCAACGCGCCCACUCCAACCCGCUGGCGGACCACACGCUCCACUAUCCUGCCAAGCCUCAAGAAAUGGACUGGUCCCUGCUGUUUCCAGAUUUCUUUGCCCCUUUGACCAAAGACAAUCAGCACGAUGAUCCAAAGGAUGUGGAAGAGAGAACCAAGCCUGCAUCGCAAGUAGAGUUUGCUGAUAUUGGCUGCGGCUAUGGGGGAUUGCUGGUUGCCUUGUCACCUCUGUUCCCUAACACAUUAAUGCUGGGCUUGGAGAUCCGCGUGAAGGUCUCGGAUUAUGUGCAGGACAGGAUCCGGUCCCUGAGAGCAUCUCAUCCUGGGCAGUUCCAGAAUGUCGCCUGCAUUCGCAGCAAUGCCAUGAAGCACCUGCCCAACUUUUUUCAGAAGGGACAGCUUUGCAAGAUGUUCUUCCUCUUCCCCGAUCCUCAUUUCAAGAAGACGAAACACAAAUGGCGGAUUAUCAGCUCGACUUUGCUGGCAGAGUAUGCUUAUGUCCUGCGGGAAGAGGGUCUGGUAUACACCAUCACAGAUGUAGAAGAAGUACAUAAAUGGAUGGUUACACAUUUUGAAGAACAUCCCCUUUUUGAGCAAGUGCCGCUGACAGACCUGGUGAGAGAAAACGAAAGUUCCAGUGACCCCAUUAUUGACCUCCUGGGCACCUCGACUGAAGAAGGGAAGAAGGUCCAGAGAAAUGGAGGGAAAACCUUUCCAGCUGUCUUCCGGCGCAUCAGCGACACAACACAGGAAGUGGCGGCAACAUGAGUGGGGAUUUCCUGAGCCUGCUCUGGAGUCACAUUCUCCACGUCUUCCUGAGAAGAGAAAGCGCUUCAACUUAUGGGUUGCAUCAAGAAUGAAAUGGGCUGAAAGGGUCACACUGGAGUCAAGCAUCUAUAAAUACAGCUGGGAAAAUACCCAGAGACGCGCCUACGGGCUUGCUUGUGUUAUUGUAUUUUGCCCAUAGAAGGUGCUGGGUGGGAUAUAUGGCCUUCAUGAAUAGAAGUGGGAGUUUUAGACAUGAAUCCCAGGACCAAUAGUUAUGAGACAAAAUUGUGUCGUCUCCCAAUCCACAGUAUAUUUAUAACAUUAUUUGUCAAUGAGUAAUAAAUCCCAAGAUACAGGAA